CCCGGGGAGGGAGGGGGGCUCUGCCUGCAGUCUGUCUUCACGCCUGCCCGCCCGGGCGACGCCGGGCUCCCGCCUGCCCCCCCGGCCCCUCUGGCCGCCCCCGGCCGCCCCCCGCGCCCCCGGGGCCAGGUGAGGCUGCGCUGCCGUCCCUUUCGGAUGUAGGCAGCCGAGACCCCGGAUGGAUUUCGGGAGCGUCAUGAACCAGGCUGUGACCCCCUGCUCCCCUGCUGUCAACUAUGAGCUGCCAUCACCGGGGGAGAGCAUCACGAAGCAGGUAGAUGCCUUGGAUGCCACAAAAUCCCCGAGGAGUGGGCAGUCACGCCACAAAACAUCCAGGAGCAUGAGCCUUGCCACAGCCAUGGAGAGCAGCUGUGAGCUGGACCUGGUGUACAUCACAGAGCGGAUCAUUGCCGUCUCCUACCCCAGCACGGCCGAGGAGCAGAGCUUCUGCAGCAACCUUCGUGAAGUGGCCCACAUGCUGAAGUCCAAGCAUGGGGACAAUUAUGUGCUUUUCAACCUCUCUGAGCGGAGAAAUGAUAUCAGCAAACUUCACCCAAAGGUGCUGGAUUUUGGGUGGCCUGACCUGCACACUCCAGCACUGGAGAAGAUCUGCAGCAUUUGCAAAGCCAUGGACACGUGGCUGAACGCGGCGGCACACAACGUGGUGGUGCUGCACAACAAGGGGAACCGUGGCCGGCUGGGGGUGGUGGUGGCUGCCUACAUGCACUACAGCAACAUCUCAGCCAGUGCUGACCAGGCUCUGGACAGAUUUGCCAUGAAGCGCUUCUACGAGGACAAGGUGGUGCCGGUGGGACAGCCAUCCCAGAAGAGGUACAUCCAUUACUUCAGUGGGCUCCUCUCUGGCAGCAUCAAGAUGAACAACAAGCCUCUCUUCCUCCAUCAUGUCAUCAUGCACGGCAUCCCCAACUUUGAGUCGAAAGGCGGUUGUCGGCCCUUCCUGAAAAUCUACCAGGCCAUGCAGCCCGUCUACACCUCGGGGAUCUACAAUGUGCAAGGAGACAGCCAGACGGGCAUCUGCAUCACCAUUGAACCUGGCUUGCUUCUCAAGGGUGAUAUCUUGCUGAAGUGUUACCACAAGAAAUUUCGCAGCCCAACCCGUGAUGUGAUUUUCCGCGUGCAGUUCCACACAUGCGCUGUGCAUGACCUUGAUGUCGUCUUUGGCAAGGAGGACCUGGAUGAGGCCUUCAGAGAUGAGCGCUUCCCUGAGUACGGGAAGGUGGAGUUUGUGUUCUCCUAUGGCCCUGAGAAGAUCCAAGGCAUGGAACACCUGGAGAAUGGGCCCAGCGUUUCUGUGGACUAUAACACAUCUGAUCCGCUCAUCCGGUGGGACUCCUACGAGAACUUCAACAUUCAGCGUGAGGACAAUGCGGAGGGUACCUGGGCUGAGCCACCCCUGCCCGGCAAGAACCUGGAGAAAGAGGUUGGGCACACACAAGGGCCCCUGGACGGGAGCCUCUACGCUAAAGUGAAGAAGAAAGACUCCCUCCACGGCAGCACUGGUGCUGUCAACGCCACCCGCCUCCCCCUCUCAGCAGCGCCCAACCACGUUGAGCACACGCUCUCGGUGAGCAGCGACUCAGGCAACUCCACCGCCUCCACCAAGACCGACCGGACCGAUGAGCCGGGGGCGCCCAGGGCGCCUGGUGGCCAGGCGGUGCUGAGCCCCGAGGAGAAGCGGGAGCUGGAUCGUCUGCUUGUUGGCUUUGGCUUGGAGAGCGCACCACCCAUGCACAACCACGUGCCCAGCUCUGUACCGGCGCGCCUGCCCACCAUGCUGGGCCGCCACGUGGUGCCAGCUCAGGUGCACGUCAAUGGGAAUGCCGCGGCGCUGGUGGCUGAGCGGGAGACAGAUAUCUUGGACGACGAGCUGCCCAACCAGGAUGAGCACAGUGUGGGCAGCCUGGGCACACUCUCCUCCUUGGAUGGCACCACUGCCAGCGAGGCCGGCUACCAGGAGGCACCCCGGGUGGGCAGUCUCUCCUCCCUGCCCAAUGGCCCCUCGAGCUGCAAUGGGGCUGAGAAGCUGCCGAAGGAGGGGCUGUACGACGGUGAGCCACUCUCCAACGGUGGCUACCCCUACAACAACCAGAACGCCCUGAUGGGCCACCACGUCCGUGACCCGCUGCCUCCCUUGCGGCCCUCAGCAUCUGCUCAGGAGCACCUGGCUGGUUACCCGCAACGCCCGCCGGGAUCCCACACCUCGGGCUGGCUCCAGCCCCAGCCACUGCCUGGCUCCCAGCCCUACCUGUAUGGCUAUGACCCCCCUGGCACCUACCGCUCCCGGUCUUUCCCAGCGGUGGACACGGCCAAGUACGAUGCGACCCCGGCACUGCCCCAGGCCCCGGCUCGCAGCACCAGCAGCCGGGAGGCUGUGCAAAGGGGCUUGAAUUCCUGGCAGCAGCAAGGAGGGAGCCGGCCGCCUUCCCGGCUGCAGGAGGGCAGUGUGGAGAGCCACAGCCCCAGUGUCUCCAGCUGCAGCCCCCAGCCCAGCCCACUGCAGCCGGUGCCCCCACACAGCCACAGCAUGCCUGAAUUUCCCCGGGCACCCUCCCGCCGGGAGAUCGAGCAGUCCAUUGAAGCCCUCGAUGUCCUCAUGCUGGACCUCGCGCCUGCCGUCCACAAGUCACAGAGUGUGCCUGCCACCUCCCGCCAGGACAAGCCGGUGGGACCCCUGCUCUCCUCCCUCUCGGCCCAGCCCAUUGCUGGCAUCUACAGCCGGCCAGCUCCGCAGGUGGCCCAGCCAAGGUCAUUCAGCACCUCUGUGAGCCCCGUGGUCUCUGAGCCCGGGGGCAAAGGCUAUUCUCCUGGAGAGCCAGACUACGGGGUGCAUGAGUACCAGGAAACGUAUUCGCCGUACAGCUACCAGCCAGCACCAGUGCCGGAGCCGAGGAGCUACAGCCAUGCCUCACCUGGAACACCGAUGGGCAUCCUCCCACUCAGCACUUCCUACAGCCCCGUCGGGUCUCAGCAGCUCCUUGUCUCCUCCCCACCUUCCCCCACCGUCCCAGCACAAACCCAGACGCCCUUCAAGGGACCAGAGAGCUAUGAAGACCUGUCGAGGUCAGCAGAAGAGCCCUUGAAUCUGGAGGGCCUGGUGGCCCACAGGGUGGCAGGGGUGCAGUCCCGGGAGAAACCCCCAGAGGAGAGCGCUGUGCCUGCCCGCAAGCGGACCCCCAGCAACAGCCACUAUGAGAAGAGCUCGCCGGAGCCUAGUUCACCCCGCAGCCCCACCAUCCUCUCGCCCGAGGUGGUCAGCACCAUUGCGGCCAACCCUGGAGGGAGGCCCAAAGAGCCUCACCUCCACAGCUACAAAGAAGCCUUUGAAGAGAUGGAGGGUGCCUCCCCCACCAGCCCACCCUCCAGCGGCGGUGAGAUUUCUCCCCCCACCCCAGCCUUCCCCGUCUCACCACAACCCCCUUACUCCAGUCCCUUGCGUUCUCCCCCCGGCCUGGCCAAGACCCCACUCUCAGCACUGGGGCUGAAACCCCACAACCCGGCUGAGAUCCUGCUGCAUCCGGUGGGAGAGCUAGAAGGGGAGGCGGGUGGUGACUCUGAAGAAGAGCCCAGGAGCUACGUCGAGUCGGUGGCACGCACGGCCACGACAGGCAGGGGAGGGAGCCUGCCCACCACCCAGCCUGCGGGCCUGGAGGUGCCUGCCAGGAAUGGCACCUUCACCAACUCCUUCACUACCCCCAGCCCUGUCUCCACCAGCAGCCCCAUUCACAGUGUGGACGGGGCCUCCCUCCGCAGCUACCCAUCAGAGGGCAGCCCCCACAGCACAGUUACACCUUCCCAUGCCUUGGCUGAGCCUGUUUGCCGGUCACCUGUCAGCUCGCAGACACCCUCUGCUAACAGCAGCUACCAGAACUCGUCUCCAUCUUCCUUUGCAAUGGUCCAAGGUGGGGUCCCGGGCUCAGCAUAUACCAGCCCCGACUAUCCCGAUGGCCGAGCCAGCCUCCAGCCAGACCCCCAAGCUCGGCCGCAGGCACAGGUCAAUGUGGUGGGGGUCCAUGUCCUGCCAGGGAGCCCCCGCACCCUGCACCGGACAGUGGCUACCAACACGCCAUCCAGCCCCAGCUUCGGGCGAAGAGCCGUCAACCCCAGCGUAAGCGGCACUCCCGGCAGCCCUGGACUGGGCAGACACACUGUAGUGGCCCAUGGCAACCUGGUGGCCCCACCAGGGAGCCCCAGCCUGGCCAGGCAUCAAGCUGCGGCAGCUGUCCCCCCUGGCAGCCCCCUGUAUGGCUACUCCAGCCCAGAGGAGAGGCGCCCGACACUGUCUCGGCAGAGCAGCUCCUCUGGUUACCAGCCUCCUUCCACGCCAUCCUUCCCUGUCUCGCCGGCGUACUACCCUGGCACGAGCACGCCGCACUCCUCUUCCCCGGACUCGGCCGCCUACCGCCAGGGCAGCCCCACGCCACAGCCUGCACUGCCUGAGAAGCGGCGGAUGUCGGCCGGGGACCGCUCCAACAGCCUCCCCAACUACGCCACCGUCAAUGGCAAGGCAUCCUCCCCCCUCUCCAGUGGCAUGUCCAGCCCCAGCAGUGGGAGUGCUGUCACCUUCUCCCACACGCUGCCAGACUUCUCCAAGUUCUCCAUGCCAGAUGUCAGCCCCGAGACUCGUGCCAAUGUCAAGUUUGUGCAGGACACUUCCAAGUACUGGUAUAAACCGGAGAUCUCCAGGGAGCAGGCCAUUGCACUGCUGAAGGACAGGGAGCCGGGGGCUUUCAUCAUCCGAGACAGCCACUCCUUCCGGGGAGCCUACGGCCUUGCCAUGAAAGUAGCUUCUCCGCCUCCCACAGUCAUGCAGCAGAACAAGAAAGGAGACAUCACCAACGAACUGGUAAGGCACUUCCUCAUCGAGACUAGCCCACGGGGUGUGAAACUAAAAGGAUGCCCCAAUGAGCCCAAUUUUGGCUGUCUCUCGGCUCUGGUGUACCAGCACUCCAUUAUGCCCUUGGCCCUGCCCUGCAAGCUGGUCAUUCCUGACCGAGAUCCCAUGGAGGAAAAGAAAGACACUGCGUCUGCCACCAACUCAGCCACAGACCUCCUCAAACAGGGUGCGGCCUGCAAUGUCCUCUUCAUCAAUUCUGUGGAGAUGGAGUCACUGACAGGCCCCCAGGCCAUCGCAAAGGCUGUUGGCGAGACACUGGUGGCUGAUCCCACACCCACUGCUACCAUCGUCCACUUCAAAGUCUCUGCACAAGGCAUCACCUUAACGGACAACCAGAGGAAAUUGUUCUUCCGGCGACACUACCCCCUCAACACUGUCACCUUCUGUGACUUGGACCCCCAGGAACGAAAGUGGACUAAAACUGAUGACAGUGGCCCAGCCAAGCUCUUCGGCUUUGUGGCCAGGAAGCAAGGGAGCACCACAGACAACAUCUGUCACCUCUUUGCUGAGCUGGACCCAGACCAGCCAGCUGCAGCCAUUGUCAACUUUGUCUCCAGGGUCAUGCUUGGCUCUGGACAGAAAAGAUGAGCUGGCGCUUGCGGGUAAUUCUUGAAUUUUGGAGAAGGACUUGGAGCUGAUCCGAGAAGGAGUGUGAGGAAGUGCAUUGUGGGAGAGGGAAGUGAAUUGGGGGGGAAGGGUUGGAAUUUUGGAGGAAAACAGCAAACAACAAAAAAACCCCAACGAAACCCCUAAAAACUCAACACAAGCCAAACACACACACAGAGGAACCAAAAGCACCUACGUAAGAGAGCCACAAAGUCAUGCCAGACAGGAUGCAUGUCCCAUCGCAGGGAAGGUGACCAAAGUGAAGGCAGCAGUGAGAUGGAUGUUCCCAGCUUUUACCAUCAUGAUUCUGAGUGCUGACAUCCACUUGGGACUGAAUACGGGAACAUGAAUGGUGUUUUCCGUCUGGAAAAAAAGAGACAACUAGCAAAACCCAUGGAAGAAACUCCAUCCCAGCAGCUCCAUCAGUGAAUGUCUGCUGUGUGUUUGUAACAACCUGUAAGAGAUAACGACAUGGGCUGGGUCCGUGGGAUACUGGAAGAGAUACCCCCCAGAAACCUUCCCUUGCCCGGCUGGAGCCAAGGGUCCUCACUGGCCCCCACGCUUCUCCUGAAACCUGCCAGCCACCUGGCAAAUUGCUGGGGAUGUGGUGGGGGUUGGUUCUGAACCCUCCUGUCCCUGGGGAGCUUGACCAUGGGCUAACCUCUGUGCUGACCCAGAGCCCAGCGCCGGUCACAGGUGAGCUGCUGUGGGUCCACACGGAGAGGUGGGUCAUGGCAUUUCCCACCUCCCCAGGGUGCUUGUGCCCUCCAGCCUGCGAGGAGGUGGGGGGGGGGGGGCUGCUGCUACCCUGCACCUGGGGUAGGCAGAAGCUCCCCAGGAACCUCCUUGGAGGAUGCAGAAAGUUGCCUCCUCUCCCGUCUUCCCCUUUUCCCUCCCAUCACUGGUCCUCUUUGGCAGGGUUCUCCUGUGGCCUGUCACGUGUUCUCUUAACACACAAAAAAAAACAAAACAAAGGAAAGAAAAACAUUGCAAUAAUAAUAGUAAUUAUAAUAAUAGUGGAUGCUGGCACAGAUGGGUUCUCUGUGCGAAGCAGCGGACCCGUGGCUACCCCUAUCUCACUCUUCGGAGACACGCAAGCGGUUUUUAAAUUGCAUGGACGUUCAAGUUGCACGAAAGGCGAAUGACUACAGGUAACUCAGGCGCUUUUUUCUCCUUUUAUUUUGGAGGCCACGUUAAAAUAAAGAAAAAGAAGGAAGAAAAUUUAAAAAGAAAAGAAAAAGGGAAAGGAUCUCCAGUCGCUGGGCAGCUUUGGCUCAGUGGGGAGGUAACAGGUCCUCUGAGAGCCACCCUGCUUGGCACACAUGUACACCCAAAACCGGCUGGCUGGAGGCUUGUGCGCCCCAAAUGCACCAUAGUUUGGCAAGUGGCUUUGGUGCUGUUGGCUUUUCCCUUCACUUUGGGAGAUGAGGAGGGCCGGUAGGAGGGCAAGAGGGGCAAAAGGCCCCUGUGCUGCUGGUGGGGGGCCAUCAUGGUUGCGGGGCAGCAGGCAGAGGUCACAGCCCUGCGGUGCUGGGGAGGGGGCAGAGGAUGCUUUGGUCAGACGUGCAGGUUUGGGGCAGGGGGAACGGUCUGGUUGGAGCUGUGGGCUUGUUGCUGAGCCGUCUGCUGAAAAUCUACAUCCCCACUCCCCCCCACCCCUGAGAGAUUUUUGUGAGAAGUUUUUAGUGCAAAGUGGCCUAGAUGCUAGUCUACUGGGGGCAAAAAUCAGAAACAUAGCACUGCAGCCCCCCUCCUCCGGAGAGCUUGUCUCCCUCAGACCGCCCUUGCCUUGAUAGCGAUAAUAUAUAUAUAUAUCUGAGCUAUACUGAUGGAAUACUGUAAGCUAAUGAAAUUUUAAGGAGGAAAAAAAGGUUAAAUUUACACUCCGAAAAUAUUUAUUUUUGCCAUAUUGCUUUCUGCGCAUCCUAUCUCCCCCAUUAUAUCUGCCCCGCCUUCCCCUGCCCCGGGGAAACACCUGCAUGUUAAAAGAAAAUCCAGAGCAAGGAAAAAUAUGGAUGGUGGAAGAUGCGCGGGGGGCCCCCCCAUGUUGGGGUGGCGUGCGUGUGACCGGUGUGCAUGUGCGUGUGCGUGUGUGAGCGAGCCGAGUGGGUGCCCAGAGAGGGCUGGCAUGGCCGGAGGCUAUACUGAUGUACUGAAGCGAGAGUGAAAGAAUGCAUAGCGAGGAGCUGGUUGUGAGAUGGUGGCAGGAUGGGGGGCUCUGGGGAGGGCUUUCCCCCUCCCCGGCUCCCUGGCUGCACGGAUGCAGAGACCUUUUCAUUUCCAAUGUUUCCAAAAAGCGAUUCUCUCCUUCUGCGAAAUUCAAGUGAGAUGAGAAACGAUCUCACCCGUAAUCUCCUCACCCCGCCGUUCACUGAUUAGAGAAAACACUGUGUUUAUAGAUAUAUAAAGAUAUAUUUUUGAAAGCCUCUAUUUUUCAGACUUUGUUUUCUCACUGCUCAGAAAAGAGAUUAUAAUAAUGUAAUUUUAUUUUAAUCUGCUGCCUCGGAAACUGGUGCUUGAAACUCUCAUUCCUUUUUUUUCUCCCCAUACAAAUGAAGCAGAUCUAAGCACCACAGAGAUGUUGCAUAGAAGCUGAACCCAGUAGAUACCUGCCGAUAGCAUCAUGCCUAUGGGUCCUGAUACCUUUGGGUCCUGAGCCGCUCACGGCUUCCUCAUUAACCCACUAGCUGAAGAUUUAGACCGUAUCCAAAUCUUGAACACUAACAAAAUCGUCUGAUGAUUAUAUUAUUUUUUUAACACACAGCUAAUCACCUUCCAAUGAUGUAGCCAGGUGUUUUGUCAACUCCCUUUAAAGGCACUUUUUUCCCCUUUUAUCUCCUUUUUUUUAAGUUACAUUUUUAGGUGUAACUACCCUUUCUGUCCCUUGGAGAGACUGUCAGCCAGUGCUGAGGAUUGCCCAGGUCCUGGGAGUGGUGGGGACCUAGUGUUGAUAUAUCUUUCCUUAUGAAAGGGACAGAAAAGACUCUUUGCUUUUUUUCUUUUUUCUUUUUUUUUUUUUUAAUGCAGUCAUGGUAUUUGAGAUUCAAGCUUGUGCGAGUUAAGCCCAGCAUAUGUUUUGUUGUAAUCACACUGCCGUUGUCAGCAGCCGGAUGGUAUCUCUCUCUCUCUUGCUCACACACACACACACACACACACACACACAAAUGCAUCCCUCCUUCCUGCACAAAGAACUGCAUAUAUUCUUGCCAAAGAUAUCCUUAAAAACGCACUUUGCCCCACACAUUAUAUAUAUAUUUUUUUUUUUUUUCGUGUGUAAAUUUAUUGUACAUGUCCUUUUUGUGUUGGUUUGUUCUUUGGAGAAGCCCCUUCCCACCCAUCCUCCCUUUGCUGUCGAUGUUGCUGUCUCUUGGGAAAUGCUCCCCAGGGGUUUGUUUGCUGCCUGUCCCAAAUGGUAGCACCUGCAGUGUGCAAAAUGUGGGGUUCCUGUUCAGCUGGGCUGCCUCCGGCUCUGCACCCCACCAGGAGCUAUUUUGGGGGAUGAUCUGCAGAUGGAAUGCACCCAUCUUACGGUCUUUGCCAGCCCCUCAUCACCAGUGGAGAUGGGGGAGCUCAUGGGUUUAAGCAGAGGAAUUGAGCAAGGUUUGGGGUUGCUCUGGAUGCAACAUUUGCUGGCUGCCCCUGGUCAAACCACAUAUAGAAAACAAACCAGGUAGGGAGAAAAACCCAACCCAGCCUCCGGGCAUCUAUUUUCUAGCGAGUUCAACCACCUGAACCUAAGCGCAAAGUAAAUCCCCACCCAGCAGGUCGGGCAGGUAAAGAAACCAGUUGCCCCAAAAACCCCAGACAUCGGCAUCAACAAAAGGCAACCCUUCCCGUUGGAGCAGGCAGGAGGAUCAGACAGCAAAGGAGCCCGCAGGGGCUUGUUUCAUUUCGUUCGUUUGUUUUGCAAAUUGUGAGGUUGGUUUGGGGUUACUCUUUUUCUUUUUUUUUUUUUCUCCUUAAAAAGGAAAGAAAAAAAAAAAAAGGAAAAAAAAGGAAGCAACCCGACGUUUCUGUUGGUGGAUCCUGUGCCGCCGUGUUAUGCGUGGGGUUUUUUUUUUUUUGGUUGUUGUUGUCUUUGUUACUUUGGGAACGUUACAGAUUUAUUUGCUAAUCAGUGUUAAUGAACAGUUUCAAACUUUUAGACUCGCCCAUUUCUGUGUAUUUAUAUAGUUGGAAAAAAAUGCAUUAUAUUUUGUAUCUUUGUGCCCAUAAUGUCGCGUGUGUAAGAACGACUUUGGUCACACCAUGUCCAUGUGUGAAUGUGACUCCGCUGUUGUCUUCCCGUUGUACAGAUAUCAGAUUCUUUGCAGUUCAUUGUAUGGCUUUAUAAAGUGGUAAAAACAACAAAAAAAUCAGUUAUAUAAAAUAUACUGUUGCUUGGAAUGCCAGCUUGGUGUCUGGAUCGCUGGAAAUGUAUCUUGAAAUUUAAGGGAGCGCAGGAAUAAAUGCUCUGUUCUUUUUGCA